GCCAUUCAGUGGAAACCUUCAGUCUACGAUGUUGGCCACGGCUUCGUGAGUAAUAAAGUAAUGUUCCGCGAAAGUGAAAGGACAGCAUUGUCCGUUAACUAAACGAAUGAUCGCAGGUGAGUGCUGGGUGAAGAAUAAUGGCACACGUUGGGGCAGUAGUUGCAACAAUGGCUGGUGUGAUGGCCAUUCUGCUUCAUUCUUCCAUACACAAGAUUGAGGAAGGACAUUUAGCAGUUUAUUACAGAGGAGGAGCUUUGCUGACCAAUCCUAAUGGCCCAGGUUAUCAUAUAAUGCUGCCUUUCAUCACUUCAUACAGAUCAGUGCAGACAACUUUGCAAACGGAUGAAAUAAAAAAUGUGCCUUGUGGAACCAGUGGGGGUGUCAUGAUCUAUUUUGACAGAAUUGAAGUGGUCAACAUGCUGGUUCCAUCAGCAGGUAAAGUGGUGGACAUAGUAAAGAACUACACUGCAGAUUAUGACAAGACGCUAAUCUUCAACAAAAUUCACCAUGAGUUGAAUCAGUUCUGCAGUGUGCACACACUACAGGAAGUCUACAUAGAGCUGUUCGACAUAAUUGAUGAGAACUUAAAGACUGCUUUGCAGAAAGACUUGAAUGUCAUGGCUCCUGGUCUCACUAUUCAGGCUGUGCGAGUCACCAAACCUAAAAUUCCUGAGGCAAUCAGAAGAAACUACGAGCUGAUGGAAGCAGAGAAAACCAGACUGCUCAUCACCGUUCAGACGCAAAAAGUGGUGGAGAAAGAGGCUGAAACUGAGAGAAAAAAAGCUAUUAUAGAGGCUCAGAAAAUGGCUCAGGUGGCAGAGAUCCACUUCCAACAAAAAGUAAUGGAGAAGGAAACAGAGAAGAAGAUCUCUGAAAUAGAAGAUGCUGCUUUCCUGGCAAGGGAGAGGGCAAGAGCCGAUGCUGAAUAUUACACUGCUGGAAAAUUUGCUGAAGCCAACAGGCUAAAGCUCACACCGGAGUAUUUGGAGCUGAUGAAAUAUCAGGCUAUUGCAGCAAACAGCAAGAUCUACUUUGGUCAGGACAUCCCCAACAUGUUUGUAGACAACAGCGCCUCUCAUCCAUCCACAGGCCAGGGUGUGGCAGAUUCAAUGGAGCAGCUGGAGUCCUUGAGUAUGAAAGAGAGUCUUAAAAAAGCAUCCAAGUCCAAACCCUCAGAAGGCCACUGAGGUUCCUGAGAGCUGCCCUCCCUCUCUCUCCCCUGCCCUCUUUCUCCUUCUCUCUCUUUGUGGGGUAUGGAUUUUUGUGUGGCAUGCUGACAUGGAUACUUUUCACUCUUGUACUGCUGUGGGGUUGGGUGCUUGGCUAACUGUGCUGUGAGUCAGUCAGUCAGCUGAGAAAUGGAGACUGUGGUUUACCAGCAGUUAUUUUUGGACUGAAAAAAUAAAUGUCUUAAGAUGAAGCUAAAGUUUUCAAGAACUGUCUCAGUCUUUGCUACCAAAUAUUGCCAGAUUGAAUUAUUGUGAUCCAAAUCUUUAAUCCCCUCCAAUGUCCCUGACUCACAUAAGCAUACUUUUCCUUUUUUUCUUUGCUCUAAAAUUUUGCUUACCUUUUCCAAAUCCAUACUUAAUAUUUGUUUGAUGCUGACUGUAGCAUUUAUGUGAACAUUUAGAGGUUUACCUUGAUGUGUUGUCUUUGAAAUAACUGGAAUGAUAAGGCAUCACACUAAUUGAGAUCAAAGGCAAUGGCUAAUGCAGCUACAAUCUGAUGAUAUUUGUUUUGUAGCCUAAGUUUGUCAUCUCCUUUCUUUAAUAUGUUGUUGAAAGAGUUGCUGAUGCAAUUACUAAUUUUUAAGGUCAAUAACUUCAUUAUAGAUAAAACCUUCAAUUAGUUCAGCCACAGCUGCAGAGAUUACAUAAGAAUUAUCUUGUUUUAAAAAUCACAUGCACUCAUUGCAAUUUCCCUGCUUGAUUUGUGAUUAAUAAUCUUUCUACUACAUUGACACCCAAAUUUCCCUGUGUGAAUUUAGUUUAUGUAAUUUCAAAAAUAGUGGGUUUGGUGUAGUAUUUUGUAGUUUGUUAGAUUGUGGAUGGCCUGUGGAUGUUGAUUUGAAGUGUUGAUUCAUAGGAGGUUUCAUGCACUGAGCAUGGGUAUAGGGCUGUCAUAAAGUUAGAUGUUAAAGUCUGGUUUUCGAAAGGUUCUAGAACCAGAACUCGAGCCUUUGAAAAGAUAUGAGAUGGACGUUACAGCUGAUAGAAAAAACAUGGUCUGUUCCUGAAUGCCUGUAUGACAUUAGUUGAGCUUGAUUGUUUUGUCAUUACUGGAAGGAAUUGUAGUUUAAUGGGAAUUGAAUUCAAAUAAGGGCUGCAGUUUUGUUAGGCACUACAAAUAAAUAUACCAUUAUGAUGGGUGAAUGGAAAAUGGUUACACAUUUAAAAACUAUUCGGAUAACAUAUUGAUGCUUGUUGGUAUCUGUGAUGUUUUUCUUGGUAGUCCAUAAAAUUGUCUUGUAGCCUCAAAAGUUUCAUCAGUAUGUCACCACUAGGGGAGGCAAGUGAUCUUCAGGAAAUAAAAAGACUGGACAACAAAGAGCUAAAUGAGCCUCAUGUUCAAAAACAUGGUUUGAAUGGUUAAACUUGCCACAAAAUGUGUCCACAUCUGCCUAAGUUGCUUUCAUUUUCCAAUAAUUACAAUGCAUUUAAUCAAACCAUCCAAACCAGAUUUUGAGUGUGUCUAAUAGUGCUAUCUCUCAGGAAAGAGACCUCUGUAAACUUAAUUGACUUGCUUUUUUGGUACACUACAAUAAGCCUCUAACAACUAUAGACAACUCUGUCAGUUGUACAGUAUGUUCUCUCUUUUUUGGGGGGGAAUUUAUACUGAAAGAGGGAAAAAGAGACAACCAUUCAUGUAAUACAGUUAGUCUGAAUUUUCCUACCAUGAUCACAUUAUGAUCAGUUUGGUGGCUUCCCCUUUUUUCUUCCAGUGUUUUCCUUCAUGGUGUAAGUUUAAGCUUAGAUGAAUAUCUCGCAGUCUAAUACAGAUCUUUCUGUUUGAAUGAUCCCUGUGAUUAAAUAAGGGAAUAGAACUUGACUGCCCUAUAAUAAACCAACUCUGUGAAUGUCACUUUUGUAUGUCAGCAUAAUUUAAGCUCCUAAUUUUGAAACAUUUAUAUGCAAAAUUUAUAAAGUUUUGACAAUGUUCAAUUCUGUAAAAUAAAACAUAUUUUGAUACCAUGGAA